GGGAGGUAAGAAAACGACACCUCGCCAGGCACUGAGUUUUAAAUCCACUGCCUCUAUUCCUCCUCUCCAUGUUACAAAGGCUGAGAGCUGCUAUUUUUCCCCCAUUCGUCUCCUGUCACUUCCUUCCUGGACGACUCCUCUGACUUUCUCAUGCUGCCAGCACACAGACACUUUGCUGACUGUACACAGCCAUCCCUCCUCUGCCCACUGUUGGAUUGAGUUGGUGCUUCACAAGUGAAAGAGUGGAGAUCUCCAGGACUCCAGAAGAAGCCCUGCUCGCCUGGUCAUCCCAAUGAGAGAAGAACCUCUGAAGGACUGGUAACCUCAGCAGAUGUCUCAUGUACGGAUGUCGGGAUCUGUGAACUGAAAAGGGUAACAGGAAAGUGAAAGAAGUGUUGAUAGAAAGACGUGUAAAGGAUAGAGGAAGGAAAAAUAAAUUUCUUGAAGGACGAGGGAAGACAGAAAAACGGGGACUAUGGGGAGAAAAAAGAUUCAGAUUACGAGGAUAAUGGAUGAACGCAACAGACAGGUGACGUUUACGAAGAGGAAGUUUGGUUUAAUGAAGAAGGCUUAUGAGUUAAGUGUUCUAUGCGACUGUGAGAUAGCACUAAUCAUUUUCAACAGCACCAACAAACUUUUCCAGUACGCUAGCACAGAUAUGGAUAAGGUCUUGCUGAAAUACACAGAAUACAAUGAGCCACACGAAAGUCGAACAAAUUCAGAUAUUGUAGAGACGUUAAGAAAGAAAGGACUUAAUGGUUGUGACAGUCCAGAUCCCGAUGCAGAUGAUUCAGUAGGUCACAGCCCAGAGUCUGAGGACAAGUACAGAAAGAUAAAUGAAGAUAUUGAUCUAAUGAUCAGCAGGCAAAGAUUGUGUGCCGGUCCACCUCCCAAUUUUGAGAUGCCGGUUUCCAUUCCGGUGAGCAAUCAUAACAGCUUGGCAUACAGCAAUUCAGCUGGUUCAAUGGGUAAUCAUAACCUAUUGCCAUUGUCCCAUCAGUCCUUGCAAAGAAACAGCAUGUCUCCAGGCUUGACACAUCGGCCACCCAGUGCAGGUAACACAGGUGGUCUGAUGGGUGGGGACCUCACAAGCGGUGCAGGCACCAGUGCAGAUGGAUUAAUAAAAGGAGGAUUUUACUGCAGCUCUCUGGUGUGCCGAUCGAUUUGUAUGGACUCAAGUUUCAACAAUAGUGUGGCUGAUGAUCUGGCACCUGCUUGUCUGCUCCCAUCUGAUACUGGCUGUCAGGUUGUAGCACCAUCCCUCCCUUCCUUGUUAUGUCGACAUGUAGCAGUGCCCAUCAAUGCAAGUCAUAAUUCACGUCAGCACAUUGGAAAUGGGUAUGGCAAUCAUCGUAACUCACCAGGUCUGCUGGUCUCACCUGGUAACUUGAAUAAAAAUAUGCAAACAAAAUCACCACCGCCAAUGAACUUGGGGAUGAACAAUCGUAAACCCGACCUUAGAGUUCUUAUUCCACCUGGCAGCAAGAAUACAAUGCCCUCUGUGUCUGAGGAUGUCGAUCUCCUUUUGAAUCAAAGGAUAAACAACUCACAAUCUGCUCAGUCACUGGCUACCCCAGUGGUUAAUGUAGCAACACCGACUUUACCUGGGCAGGGGAUGGGAGGAUACCCAUCAGCAAUUUCAACAUCGUAUGGCACUGAAUAUUCCCUAAGCAGUGCAGACCUGUCAUCUCUCUCUGGGUUUAAUAGCAGCGCCCUUCACCACCUUGGCUCAGUUACUGGCUGGCAACAACACCAUCUGCAUAACAUGCCUCCAUCCGCGCUCAGCCAUUUGGGAGCUUGCACUAGCACUCACUUAUCUCAGAAUACAAAUCUCUCCCUGCCUUCUGCUCAAAGCCUCCACAUCAAGUCAGAACCUGUUUCUCCUCCUAGAGACCGUACCACAACACCUUCGGGAUAUCCUCAACACACGCGCCACGAGGCUGGGAGGUCCCCUGUUGACAGCCUAAGCAGCUGUAGCAGUUCAUACGAUGGAAGUGACCGAGAAGACCACCGAAACGACUUUCACUCCCCCAUUGGACUCACCAGACCUUCGCCAGACGGAAGAGAAAGCCCCUCAGUCAAGCGCAUGCGGCUUUCUGAAGGAUGGGCAACAUGAUACUAUCAUUAUAUAUUAGAUUUUUUUUUUUUUUUUUGCAGUGUGUGUGCUAUACCUUAAUGGGAAUGGGGCAGGGUGGGUGGGUCGAUAUACUUUAUAUGUGCCGUGUGUGGGGAAAUAAAAAAAAAAUAAAGUCAGGUACUCUGUUUUGUAAAAGUACUUUUAAAUGCCUCAGUGAUUCAGUCUAGGGGUAAAGUGAAAAGUGAACUGCUGAAAGAACAAGCUUAGCACUUAAGCUAUCAACAGAAAACUUGUACAAAAUAGGUUUUGAAGCUAACUUCUUUUUUUCACUGUUGUGCUCCCUUUGCAAAAUGUAUGUUACAAUAGAUAGUGUUAUGUUGCAGGUUCAACGUUAUUUACAUGUAAAUAGACAAAAAAAAAAAAGAAAACUUUUGCCAGAACUGGCAAAUUUUUUCUAGAAGAGAAAGCAGCUGUCAUGCAACAUAUGGUCAAAUGUACAGAAGUUUUGGUCAAACCCAGCAGUGGGUGGCUAUGGAGAAAUGUUGAUCGGCUGGGCCACCUAACCAAUGUAAACUUUGAAAACACACAGAAAUACAUUAAAAUAAAAAUGGCACUUAUCUGAACAAAAGUAGGGUCAUACUUCUCAGUGUUUUUGGCAGUUUACAUAUUUUAGUUGUUCUUUUCUGGGUAUACAUCACUUAAUAUAUAAAAGAUAUAAAUUAUGUACAUUACAUUUUUGCUUAUUUUCAUAUAAAAGGUUAAAUGAAGUUUGCAAACAUUUGUGGCUUUUUGUAGGUCAUUUAAGCCAAAAUGUGUUUUUUCCUUGAUAGCUUGGCUAAUAUUUUAAAGUCCUUGAAUAAUAAAAUAAGUACAAGUUUUUUUUGUAUAAAAUAAAAUAUAAAAAAAUAUUGCCCCGGUCCAUGAAGAACGCCAUGCUUUUGCUAAUUGAAAUAACUGUUUUCUCUUUGUAAAAGUCAUUUUUUUUUUAAAUGUGUAUUUUUAAUUAUAUGAGCUAUUAUUCAGACUCUUUAAGAACAAUCUGUGAAAAUUAACAAGCUUGUGUACAGCAUUCUAAUAUAAAAUAAACUUUGAGCUAGCAGGGUUUUAUCGUUCAUAGUGGGGAGGGAACAAUUCAUUCUUGUGCUACUGCAAACUGUAUGUGGGUAGCUGUUUUGUUAAACUGCAUUCAUUAUGAGAUCAAGGUUAGUGAUAUCCCAAGGAUAACCAUCAAGGUUAAGUUGUUUUUUUACUUAACCCUACACUUGUAUUUACUUGGGUGAGCUGACAUCCAUUGUACAUAAAUACAUGAAGGGCAUUUAUUUUGUAUGACAUUGGUUGGAAUGUAUCAGUUAAAGGAACCAAGAGUAGGCUGACCAUAUAUAUAGAGAGAAAAGUAUGAACAAUUGAAAUAAAUUUAAUAGUCGGAUAAUCUAUGCCUCAAGAGUGAUUAUUAGAACCAAUAAUCUAGGGGCAUUGCCAUUCACAGAAAAGCAAACGCAGCAGGUUGUAAUUCUUUAAAUAUCUAACACUAGUUACCACCAUUUUUGGGUUACAACAGCAUGGGAUCUCAUUAGUGAGAUUCCCUAGCGCUGUGCCCCCUCUAGUAUUGCUUUUCUUAUUAGAAUCAGGAGCACAGUGUAUUUUUUGUGUGGCUGGUGAGCCUUCCAAUAACUUCCACCCAGCUUGGGGAGAUCAUAAAAAUUGUCCUAAAUCACUGGAAUAAAAUUAUCUUCCUCUGAUUCCCUAAUGGAGGGUAGGGGGUCACAGCAGCUCAGUUCCGCUUUUACAGCCUUUUGCAUAUGCAAAAGCCUGCACCCCUUUCCCCCCCAAAUUUGCAUCAUACUCUGUUGUGAUGCAAUGAUAAAGCUUUUUAGGGAUCACUACAAUGCUUUUACAAUAUACUAUAUAGUGACUAGAGGAUGAAAUUGUUAAGCAAAAAAAUAAAAAAAUAUUCAAUGGAUAGUUGGAUGAUUUGCCAGCAAAUUACUCAAAAUCCUGUGUAUGGCCAGCUUUCCAAACAUUUUACUAACAAUAACUAUGAAACUAUGUUCCAUGUGAUAAACCUUUUUAACAUUUUGAUGUGUCCAUGAUAUGCAAAUAUAACCGAGUUUACGAGUAUUGUUAGCAGUAACUUGCCUUUUUGAAGGGUUCUUUCUAGGGAACUGUAAAAACAAAACAAAAAAACUACAAGAUAUAUAGCCAUAUUUGAAGUUUACCUAGCAACUCAGCAACACAUACAGCAAACCGUAGUUGAAGAAGUUUGUCAUUUUAAUGACAGUGCAAAAUAUCGUUAGUCAUGUAACCAGCAGAAAAUGUAAGUGCAAUUGUAGCAGAGCUUAGUUUAGUACAUAAGAUUUCACAGGGGCGUCCAGACAAAUGAAUGAUAAAAUGGAUGACAGUCUGCCCUCAGUUUUUGUAAGUUGAGAACAAAACUCAAAGAAUGAGAAGAAAUAUCAAGGCAACCUGUGAUGCUCUAGCUGUCAUUGAACUGCAAGUCUUAGCACGUCCUGCUAGCCAGUGGCGGGCUGGGAUAUGUAUUUCCGCUGGAGAGCUUAAGUUUGCCUACCUCUAAGGUGAUCCGGUUUAGUUAUCGAAAGCACAAUUUUGUGAUGAAGUCACUUUCUGUAAAGUGAAAUUUUUUUAACGUACUGAAUUGUACCUUGCCAGCUGUUGUGCUGGCAAUGCUAUUUUAUUGUUUUGCUUUUAUUGCAAUCCCUUUGUAUUUAAGGCAUUUUUUUGGGGCAGAGCCUCAGGUGGUAUUAACAGUUACCAUUUAGACUUGUGCUAUAUAUAACAAUGAAGAUAAACAAGGCAACUUUCUUUUAUUGAAUUGAAAAUAAGCACAGUGGCAAUUGAAAUUUGAUUUUAAGCCCAACAUUUACAUUUUCACACUUUCAAAGGAAACACCCAAGAGUAUACAAGACUUAGAAACUAUUGCAUAGAUCUACAAUCUAAAUUUACCUGUAAACUGUAUAGGAGGUAUAAAACACAAUCUUCCUCUUAGAAAGAAAAAUCACUUUCAGAUAACUGUAUGUGUUUUGUUUGCCUUUUAUUUCCCUCCUAUAACAUAAAUUUAACAAUACUGAUGUGUGUUGUUCUUCCCAUGUGUUUCUUUCAGGAACUUAAAUUAUAUGUAUUAUUUCCGCUUUUUUUUUUUAUUAUUAUUAAUAAGCCACUUGUACAUGAAUAAAGGCUGUUGCCUAAACGCAGAGUACUUCAUUUGUUCAGAGCGUGCCAUGUGCUGUGAUGUCAUCAACUUCACAGUAUUAUUUUAUUUAUAUUUACCCAAGAUGGUUUUGAUAGAAGACUCCAUAGAAUAUUUGUAUCUGUGACAGUAUUGGGCACUGGCUGUGCAGCUGCGGCAUUAUCAUUGGGGGUAAUUUACUAGAAUUUUGGGGGCCAAAUAAGUAGAAAAUAGAUAUAUGUAUGGUUCAACACUGGAUUUUUAGGGAUUAUUUCUCUUUUAGCAUUUAUUGUAAAAGCCUAACACUAUUGGCUUUAAAGGUUCCAUAUUAAUUUUACCAUUGACUUUCAUAAAAGUCAAUGCAAGGACACUGGUAGUAAUAAUGUGCAUACACUCGCAUCUACUAUUUCAGUAGGAAGGACCCUAUAACUGGUCAUUAAGCAUGCUGUACUGCGGAACAAUCAAUCACAUACUAAGUUUUGUUCUCUAAACUAUUGAAUCUGAAAUCUGAUUGGAUGUCAGCAACAAAAGGCAAUUGGUACAUUUUUAUGCUUAAUGAGACACUGUUACCUUGUCCAUGCAAGGCAAAGUGAUUGUGUGUGUGCAAAGAGCAUCCCUCAACCCCCAUAUACUCACCUAUACUACUAUUAUACUACUUCGGCACUCAAAUCAGAAGUGUCGCUGACCCAGGGGAUCAGUGACAUCACACCCUCAGUCAUAUGGGCCUAGCAAUGGUUUCUAGGUCUGGGAAAUGUUACAGGGGCCAGGUCACAUGCUAUCCCAUACCCAGAAGUUUCAGGUAUGAGGGAACCAAUUUAUAUUGUCUCUUUAACUACAACUCAGUUGGUUGGUUGGGUUUCCAAAUCAAUGACUGACAGAAUAUAGUUCAUGAGGUCUUUUUAAGCCCCUGGUCAGCAACAUUUUGUUACUUUAGGAUCACUGAAGGCAAAUGUGUCCAUGUAUAGUUGUUAGCCAUCUAUACAGUUAAAACUGUAAAAUGUUAAACCUAUUUACACCACAUUUGUCCUUAUUUUGCUCCAAAAAAAAAACAAAACAACUAGUAAAUCACCCCUAUUUUAACCAAAGAUAUUAAGCAAUCCAAGACUUCUGGAAGAAUGUGAUACUGGAAUUUAACACUUAAUAAAACACCCAUUGUCUUUUAAACAUUAGAGUUAUCCAUUCCUGCUUUGACUUUUUACGCAUUUGUGCUAGUCAAAAUAAUAUUGUUCUUGUAUGGAGUGCUUCAGUUGGUUUUAUGUAUAAUUUAAAUUUUAUUUUAUAGUUUAUUUCUAUUAGUAUUUUAAAUGGAAAGUUUGUAAAAGAGGGAGAACAAACGUUUCUUUCUAACCAAUAAUAACAGAAGCUCACAGCGGCAUAAGCUGGACUUUGUCGCCCCUAGAUGGCAGGAUGUUAUAUAAAUUAAAUACAUCUGUAUAUCUUAAGGGACCUUAUUCAGCUGUCUGUAGUGAACAUAUAUGGAUAAAAAAUUGAAGGCGUUUCUCCUGCUGGUAUCAAGGUAAAAUUUGUAUUUUGCAGAUAAAUAAGUAAAGUGGAUGUCUUUCAUAGUGAA